AUGCGUGUCCGAUUGAAAGCUUCAAUCCUGAUACCCGGCCGUGGAGAGCCUAUCGAAAAUGGCGCACUCAUAAUUGACGGUCCGAAAAUCGCCUGGGUUGGUCAACAAUCCGCGAUUCCAACCAAAUAUCAAGACGUUGAUUUUGAGUACCUUCCUGUCCUAAUGCCAGGUCUCUGGGACUGUCAUACACAUUUCAUGGGACUGAGUGACGAAAGCGACACCAUGCAAGCUGUAUUCGGCUCUGCUGCACUAGCAGGUGCAAUAGCUGCCAAGGAGCUCGAGACUGCGUUAAUGGCUGGCUUCACCACGAUCCGCGAAGUAGGCGGAGUAGCAGGAGAGAUCUAUCCCGCAAUUAAAAAUGGCACUAUUGUUGGGCCGAAUGUAUACUCUAGUAUCGGUGUUUUGGGAAUAACUGGCGGUCACUCGGACGUGCACAAUGUACCCAUUGAAGCUGUUAUUGCCAAACGAAAUGAGGGGACAUUUGUAGUUUGCGAUGGUGUUUCGGACUGUAUCAAAACUGUCCGGAUGAUGGUUCGCAGAGGUGCGACACUUAUCAAGAUUUGCGCAACUGGCGGUGUGGGCUCCCUGCUCGAUGACCCUGAGGAUGCCCAGUUUUCACCGGAAGAGAUAAAAGCGAUUGUAGACGAGGCGGCGCGCUCGAAAAGAAUAGUUGCGGCACAUUGUCAUGGGAAAGAAGGUAUAAUGAAUGCUCUACAUGCCGGCGUCCACACAAUUGAGCAUGGCAGCUACCUGGACGAAGAAGUUGCUGCAUUGAUGAAGGAAAAGAAGGCUCUGUUCGUUUCGACUAGAUUGAUUAUUGAAGAGGGCCUUAAGAAUCCGAAACUAUGGCCACCAAGUAGCUACCGGAAGCUGACCAAAAUUAGCGAAGCGCAUAAAAAAGCUUACGCAUUGGCUGUCAAGUCAGGGGUCAAAAUUGUACUGGGCACAGAUUGGACAGCUGGUGAAAAUGGAAAGGAACUUGCCUAUGCAGUUGAAGCUGGCAUGUCGCCAUUAGAGGCUAUUGAAGCUUCCACGGCUCGGUGUCCGGAGACGCUGGGCUCCCAUUUUGCACCUUUGUCGGGCCAGUUGAAGGAAGGGUACGGUGCGGAUGUGAUAGCUGUGGCCAGUAAUCCUCUAGAUGACAUUAAGGUUCUGGGAGAGCCGAAGAAUAUCACGCAUGUUUGGAAAGGGGGGAAAUUGUAUAAAGGGACUCUUUAA